AGUAGAUUUUUAGCCUCAGUUCUCAGAUAUUCUCUAAACCACACCCUAAGUCCACACCUACACCUUUUUCAUAAACAGCUUCCACAUCAUUUUGAGACAUGCAGAGAUACCAAUAAUACCAGCUGUACACAGAUAAGAGUCAUCAUGUCAGAUGAAGUCAACGUCUUUAUGGACCCUUUCCUCAAAAUCUACACAAAUCCUGAUCAUAUAGAAUUAGCCAAUAAUCUCAGAGAUAUCAAAAAGCCGGAGGAAGAGGACAACAACAAAAAUGUUUAUAUAAUUUCCAGACAGUUUAUAGACAUAUUGUCUAAUGCCAUGGCAAACACAGAAGAUUCAGACUCUCUUGGUUUAGAAUUACAGGAAAUAAUUGACUCUCCACCUGCAGAGAAAACAAACAAACUGAAAAGUAAACUGAAAGAGUUAGAGAAUUUUUCCCUUAAUAUUGCUAUAACAGGGAUGACAGGAGCAGGGAAGUCUUCCCUUGUCAAUGCCCUCAGAGGCCUUUCUAAUGAUGAUAAAGACGCAGCUCCCACAGGAACAACUGAGACUACCAUGAAGCCCGACAUGUAUCUGCACCCCUCCAUGCCAAAUGUGAAGAUCUGGGACCUGCCUGGAAUUGGGAGUCCCAAAUUUAAAGCAAAGAAGUACCUGAAAGAUGUCAAUUUCCACACUUAUGACUUCUUUCUCAUAGUGACCUCUGAAAGAUUUAAGGAGAACGACAUUGAGCUGGCCAGAGCGAUCAUGAAGAGCAAGAAGCUAUUUUAUUUCAUUCGUACUAAAAUUGAUAACGACGUUCGUGCUGAAUCACACAAAAGAAACUUUGAUGAGCGGAUGUUGCUCGAAAACAUUCGAGAGGAUUGUAAGGUAAACCUAUUGAGAGUCGGAAUACCCAAAAUAUUUCUAGUAUCUUCAUUUUAUUUGGAAAAAUUUGACUUUCAAAAACUGAUCAACACCCUCAAAGAUGAACUCCCGGAGAACAAGAAAUUUGCUCUCAUUCAGUCUCUUCCCGUUUAUUCUCCAGAGGCCCUCACAAAGAAGAAAACAUACAAGAAAAAUUGGCUAAAUGCAUUUGCAGCCGGGCGGUCGAGGCGAUAGCUCCCAUUCCAGGAUUGUCACUGGCCUGUGAUUAUGGCAUCAUGAAAAAGUUUUUUCAGCAAGUCUACACAGGCUACGGCUUAUCAAAUCAGUCAGGCGCUAUCAGACCAAGUGAACAAACCGGUUCACUUUCU